GUCUCUUUAUGGCCUGGGCGCUCCUUCCGGGCCCCUCCCCGUGACGCCGCCGGCGGCGAGGCCGGCUGGCGUGCCCCUCGCGAGGAGCCGAGGCGGCCCCGCGGGUUCCGCGCGCCGCGAUGAAGUGUCACUACGAGGUUCUGGGGCUGGCGCGCGACGCCUCCGACGAGGAGCUGAAGCGGGCGUACCGGAGACUGGCGCUGCGCUGGCACCCUGACAAAAAUCUAGAAAAUGCUGAUGAAGCAGCAGAACAGUUCAAAUUAAUCCAAGCGGCAUAUGAUGUACUGAGUGAUCCUCAAGAAAGAGCUUGGUAUGAUAAUCACAGGGAAGCUCUGCUGAAAGGAGGGGUUGAUGGAGAGUAUCAGGAUGAUAGUUUGGAUCUGCUGCACUACUUCACUGUUAACUGUUACUCUGGAUAUGGUGAUGAUGAAGAGGGGUUCUUUGCAGUCUAUCGUCAAGUUUUUGAAAAUAUUGCAAAGGAAGAGAUGGAAUAUAUAUCUCAGGAAGAUAUUGAAGAAUUCCCUACUUUUGGAUACUCUCAAAGUGAUUAUGAUGAGGUAGUCCAUCCUUUUUAUGCUUACUGGCAGAGUUUCUGUACUCAAAAGAACUUUGCUUGGAAAGAGGAGUAUGACACACGGCAGGCAUCAAACCGUUGGGAGAAACGAGCUAUGGAGAAAGAGAACAAGAAAACUAGAGACAAAGCAAGAAAGGAGAGAAAUGAACUGGUUCGUCAGCUAGUGGCUUUUAUUCGUAAAAGAGAUAAGAGAGUACAGGCACACAGAAAACUCAUAGAGGAACAGAAUGCAGAAAAAGCUAGAAAAGCAGAGGAGCUCCGGAGACAGCAAAAACUCAAACAAGCUAAGCUUGGUGAGCAAUAUAAAGAGCAGAGCUGGAUAACUAUGUCUGAUCUAGAGAGAGAAUUGCAGCAGAUGGAAGCACAGUAUGAAAAGGAAUUUGGAGAUGGAUCUGAUGAUGAAGAGGAAAGAGAGGAACAGGAGCCAAGAGAAGGAAUAGAAGAUAAACUGAGUGACGAAGCUGAAGAUGCUGAAUUUUAUGAUGACUUGUACUGCCCUGCUUGUGACAAAUCCUUGAAGACCGAGAAAGCAAUGAAGAACCAUGAAAAGUCAAAGAAGCACCGAGAGAUGGUAGCGCUUUUACGGCAACAGCUGGAGGAGGAGGAGGAGGAAUUUUCUGCAUCUACAGAUGACAAAAACGGAGUGAAUACCAAAGAAGAUGAAGAAAUGGAAGAAACAUCCAAACAGAAACUCUCUAAGAAGAAGAAAAAGAAACAUAAAACGAUGACGACAUAUGAAGACGCUACAGUUGAUGCUACAGUUGAACAAAAAGAAGCUGACAGUGCAGACCGGGAGGACAGCGUAACAGAAGAAUUGGAAAAUGUUGGCCAAAGAACUACUGCUUCUGAAAAAGCAAGUGCUGCAGAAGCUGUAGAUGAAGUUAAUGAACCAAAAAGCGAAGCAAAAAGUUAUGCUUUUGGCCUUCACAACAUCUGCUGGCAACAAAAUCCCCUGGUUGACGGCUGUAUGUGAAGAAGUACUUCCUUUUGUUGUUUUAAACCUUCUGCCUAUUAAUAUUGGGUGACCCUGAGUGAGUGAGUUAGUUAGUAGUUCCUGUGUUAUGUGAAGGGGUAAAUAAGACUUCCUUGUUCACUUUCUCCAUGAUUUUGUAGACUGACUUCUUCCCCCCCCUUACUCGCCUCUUUUUCCAAGCUGAACAGUCCCAGUUUUCUUAAUCUGUCCUCCUGUGGAAGCUGUUCAAUAACCCUCAUCAUUUUUGUUGCCCUUUUUUAUACAUUUUCCAGUUCUAAUACAUCUUUUUUGAGAUGGGGUACCCACAACUGCCCACAGUAUUGAACAUGUGGGAGUAGUGCCAUCAUAUAUUUCUAUAUCAUCUGUUUCCUAACAGUUCCUAACAUUCGUUAGCUUUUUUGACUGCCUCUGCACAUUGAGCAGAUGUUUUCAGAGAACUAUCCAUGAUGACCUCAAGAUCUCUUUGAGUGGUAACAGCUAGUUUAGACCCCACCAUUUUGUAUGUAUAGUUGGGAUUAUGUUUUCCAAUGUGCAUUACUUAGCAUUUAUCAAUGCUGAAUUUCAUCUGUCAUUUUAUCACGCAGUUUAGUGAGGACCCUUUGUAAAUCUUCACAUUCAGAUUUGAAUGUAACUAUCUUGACUAAUUUUGUAUCAUCUGCAAACUUUUUCACCUCCUUUUCUAGAUCAUUUAUUAAUAUGUUGAACAGCACUAGUCCCAUUAGAGAGCAUUGGGGGAUCCGCUAUUUACCUCCUUCCACUGUGGAAAGUGACCAUUUAUUCAGGAUACUGCCCAGUUAAACACCACUUUUGCCAGUUCUCAUGUCUUUGAAUAUUGUGAUGUGCAGACACUUGUAUGGAAAAUUUUAUGCAAACAGUUUAGCAGCAGGAAGACAUUCCUGUGAAGCUGUGUUGAAAGUUAUGCAUAAAGCUGCACAUCUGUCACAGAUUCUGUGACUUUUGCAGCAGCUGCUGUGGCUGGCUCCAGGGCUGCCUGAGAUCAAGCAGCUGCUGGGGCAGUUUGGGUAUAGGAGGGAUAAGGAGUUGGGAUGUGGGGUGGCACUUACCUCAGGGGGGGCAUGCUCCCCAGAAGUGGCUGGCAUGUCCCUGCAGCUUCUAGGCAGAGGGGCCAGGGGAAUCUGCUCACUGACCCUGCCCAAAGGGGCCACCCCCACAGCUCCCAUUGGCUAUGGUUCCCAGCCAAUGGGAGCUGCAUAGCCAAAGCUUGUGGCAGGGGCAGCACACACAGCUCUUCUGGCCUUCCCUACCGCUAGGAGCCGCAAGGACAUGUGGAGGCAGGCAGGGAGACUGCCAGCCCCGCCAACCCUCCCCAGCACGAGUAGGGGUCCUGGGCCGUGCGCCACUACCGUGCCCCCGCCUCAACCAGCACCAAUGGGGGUCUUGUGCCACUGCCUGCCUCCCUGCCAUCACCACAGUACCAGCACCCGCGAUGCCCCAGAUCACCCCCUGGCCCAAGUUUUAGUCAUGGGUAUAUAGUACAAGUCCUGGACAGGUCAUGGACCGUGGAACUUUUGUUUACUGCCCGUGACCUGUACAUGAGUUUUACUAAAAAUACCCAUGACUAAAAUGUAGCCUUAGUUAUGCACUAAGCAUUGUGGAGUCCUUACCUCACUUUAAGGAAGUGAUGUGAAUGCGACAACUGCUGCUUCACCUUCCUUACAUUUUCAUUACACAGCAAAGUUAGGUAUAUUCGCUUGUACAGCGCUCCCUUUCCCAAUAAACCUGUAAGGCCCUCUGCAUGUGCUUUUUGCAAAAGCUCACAUUUGGCCCAAACCAAAACACUCAAAGGCACGUCUCCUCUGUGCAGGCUACUUCCAGGUUUAAUGCCUAACUCCAGCUGUUUCAGCACUUUAACUGUUCAGCAUUAAAAAAAAAAUCUAACAGAAUUGUAAUGGGGUAAAGUACAUUUUAUUUCCCCAACUUGUUCUCAAACAGUUGAACCAAUUUUGCUCAGAACUUGUGCUUAAGAAUACAAUAAAAUUCACUUUUUGGACAAAUGCUAAGCCUGGAAUAUAUAUUUCAGUCCCACAGGCAAGUUUCAGAACAUUCCAAUGGUCUGAAACGGGUUAGAAUGGAGAACAGCAUGCACUUUUAACUACAGCAGUCACUUCCAUUAGAAUAACUGCGCAAGGUGGGAGGGAACCCUCAAAGUAGUGAAUCACACACAAAAGAUUAAGCAGAAAUUAAUGGUGACCAAAAAACUGAACUGAAAGUGCCUUAAAUGUUAGUUUGUGCAAAUUAUUUAAAAAAAUAAAUUGACUUUUCAGCCCAUUUAGGACCAUGAGAUUUAAAAGCCUUAGUAAUUUAAAACUAUCAAUCCUGCUGAAUGUGUUCAUAGAAAAACUUGAUUCAGUGUGACAAAGGUAAUCUGAAAUCUUAAACUGUCUUGUCUUUUCAGCAUCCCUAAGCCUAAAGGAAAGAGAGCCAAGGAUA